AUAUCACAGCCGAGUGAUUACAAUCCACUGGAUCUGUUCUCGGGAUCUAUAGAGCAGAUAAACAAAGCCUUUGCUGCACUCUUCACAACUCCUUCAAAUAACUUCCGAAUUUUUCUGAAUGGCACUCUCAUAUUUGGAGACAUGGAGGGAGCAGAUAGCAAUAGAAAAAUUGGUGAGAUUGGCUCUAGCAUUGAAGACCAACUUAAGAUACUCAUAAAUGGAGAAUAUGGCCUAAGAUUAGCUAGCUUCAUUGAACUUGUCUCUGAGGCAAUUUUCAGAUCAGGAGUACUGGACCGACUUCUAGCUGUUCAAAAGCUUGAUUUAUUUGACAUAGAAGGAACCAUUCAUGUAUAUUACAAUAUUAUUUCCGAGCCUUGCAUGGUAUGCAAAAAUCUUGGGGACUCUGAAUUGCUGCAGAAGUAUUCUUGUUUGCAUGCUCUAUCUUUAGAAGAAAGCGUGAAAAUUGUAAGGAAUUUUCUAAUAGCUGCCACUGCAAAGGACUGUAGUUUAAUGAUUAGCUUUCGACCUCAUGAAGGAAGCGGCUCCUCGUAUGACUUUAUUCGUCUCGAGUCAUCCAAGCAGACCUUCGAUUACAAGGUAUGUUUCUCCUCCAUUUUUUGGAAAAAGCAUCCUAUAUUAAAAAGAAUUUGUUGGCUGAUAUAA